AUGCGCGUAGUAAAGACCAAACAAUGUUUGGACAACGGAAUAAUCAUUUAUGGAUUCAAAUUCACAAACGAUAUUCUGGUGUUUGUGAACCUGGAACAGGCCCUCGUGUUAUCAGCAAAACCACAGGGGAGGUGCAAAGGCCCGUGCAGAGGGCCCUUUGAACCGCCAGAUGCCAGCUCGGCAAAUGCUCAGAGCUGCGCGCCCAAACAAAUCGCGGCCGUCUGCAUCUCGCCAGUAAGUCUGUACUUCACGCUAGCAGCCUCUCUCACCAUUACUGACUUAAUAUUACAAACUUUG